CACAUGCGCCCGCCUGGCCCUAUAGGCGCCUCCCCCAGUCCGCCCCCCGCCCGCGCUGGGAGCCUCAGCCACCGCCACUCCUGUUCUUUCUGCGCCGCCGCCACCGCUACCGCCGCCACCGCCACCAACUGAGUCUGAAGCCCCCGAGGAGAUCCCAGCCAUCAUGUCUAUAGAGAAGAUCUGGGCCCGAGAGAUCCUGGACUCCCGUGGGAAUCCCACCGUGGAGGUGGAUCUCUAUACUGCCAAAGGUCUUUUCCGGGCUGCAGUCCCCAGUGGAGCCUCUACUGGUAUCUAUGAGGCCCUAGAGCUAAGGGAUGGGGACAAACAGCGUUACUUAGGGAAAGGUGUCACAAAGGCAGUGGACCAUAUCAACACUACCAUUGCACCAGCCCUCAUCAGCUCUGGUCUUUCCGUGGUGGAGCAAGAGAAACUGGACAACCUGAUGCUGGAGUUGGAUGGGACAGAGAACAAAUCCAAGUUUGGGGCCAAUGCCAUCCUGGGUGUGUCCCUGGCCGUGUGUAAGGCAGGGGCGGCUGAGCGGGACUUGCCCCUCUAUCGCCACAUUGCUCAGCUGGCUGGGAACUCAGACCUCAUCCUGCCCGUGCCGGCCUUCAACGUGAUCAAUGGUGGCUCUCAUGCUGGGAAUAAGUUAGCCAUGCAGGAGUUCAUGAUCCUCCCAGUGGGCGCUGAAAGUUUUCGGGAUGCCAUGCGACUCGGGGCAGAGGUGUAUCACACGCUCAAGGGGGUCAUCAAGGACAAGUAUGGCAAGGAUGCCACUAAUGUGGGGGAUGAAGGUGGCUUUGCCCCCAAUAUCCUGGAGAACAGUGAAGCCUUGGAGCUGGUGAAGGAAGCCAUUGACAAGACUGGCUAUACGGAAAAGAUCGUCAUUGGCAUGGAUGUUGCUGCCUCCGAAUUUUAUCGUGAUGGCAAAUAUGACUUGGAUUUCAAGUCUCCUGCUGAUCCUUCCCGAUACAUCACUGGGGACCAGCUGGGGGCACUCUACCAGGACUUUGUCAGAAACUAUCCUGUGGUCUCCAUUGAGGACCCUUUUGAUCAGGAUGACUGGGCAGCCUGGUCCAAGUUUACAGCCAAUGUAGGCAUCCAGAUAGUGGGUGAUGACCUGACAGUGACCAACCCAAAGCGCAUUGAGCGGGCAGUGGAGGAAAAGGCCUGCAACUGUUUGCUGCUCAAGGUCAACCAGAUUGGCUCAGUGACAGAAGCCAUCCAAGCGUGCAAGCUGGCCCAGGAGAAUGGCUGGGGAGUCAUGGUGAGUCAUCGCUCAGGAGAAACAGAGGACACAUUCAUUGCUGACCUGGUAGUGGGACUGUGCACAGGCCAGAUCAAGACUGGUGCCCCAUGCAGAUCUGAGCGUCUGGCUAAGUACAACCAGCUCAUGAGAAUUGAAGAAGAGCUGGGGGAUGAAGCUCGCUUCGCUGGACAUAAUUUCCGCAACCCCAGUGUGCUGUGAUCCCUCUGCUUGCCUGGAGACUUGCGACCUCCGUCCCGUCCUCCUGGAACGUCCUUCUUGCUGUCCUGACCUGCAUAGUUCACCCUGAUACCUUGAGCCCCAGGUCACCCAGAACUCCUCAACUCACCUGCUCCAGCUGUCUUGGCUUCCUCACUCCCUCGCUGUCUCUCCUCCUCCUCCCCUCUGGGACCCAUUCUUUGGGGUUCCAUUCUUCCCACUUCUUCCUGUCGAUGCUCUCUUCUUCUCUUAAAAGACUGGAAAUGAAGAUUAGAAGAAGGUCCACAGAAGAACCAUCAGUGUCUGUGAUGGGAGCUUCAGGAUUUGGUGUGUUGAGGUGUUCAGAUGGGGCCGUGUGGCGCUUGUGCUUUGCUGUUCUGUUUUCCAUGUUGUGUAUGAGUCAUGAACUAUGCAUAGAAGUGAUGUAUAGGGAGUGCUGGAUGUAUGGUCAUGCCUAGUUAAGGCUUUAGUGUACUCAUUCAUUCAUUCAUUCAUUCAUUCAUUCACUUACGCAUUUGUUAUUCAUCCUGUUAAUCAGUCAAUUCCCCAUAACUCUAAGGUCUAAAACUGGCCUGACUUGAGAGGACUAGGCUGUAUCUGUGUUUUCAUGUGGCUGCAAAUGCCAAGAUGACUUGGGGUGGGCGGUCUAGCAUGGGAAGGGUAACAGAAAAGAGCCUUAGCAUCAUUUCACUGAGUGCACUAACUGAAGCCUGGGUCUGUCCAGAAUGGGACUGUGUGCCUGGGGGACUUUUCCCCUACAACUCUCUCCUCAGUCCUAGGUUCCCUGUUCUUCCUCCAGCUGCACCAGAGCACGGUCUCACCCCCCAUGUCAUGUUCCACGGCUACCACCACCUCUGUGGCUUUGAAAUGAGCACUACCAUUAAAAUCUGAAUCACAGUGCA